AUGUCUUUUGAGAAUAUCCCUUCGUGGAUCAGCAGAUGCUUGGAAGAGGGGGCAGGAGAUUUCUUCCUGAAGCCAGUUCAACUCUCAGAUGUAAGCAAGCUGAGACCCCAUCUGCUGAAGGGUAGAGCUAAAGAGCAGCAGCUUCACAUUAAUGUGAAAGAUGAGCAAAGAGGCAAUUCUGCAGAGCGAAAAAUUACGAGAAACAGAACUAUUGGGUCGGAGAGGACUACCAUGACUGCUUUCACCGGAAAAAAUGGAGCUGGCGGGGACGAGGCCGAAGAAGACGAGAGAAAUGAGAGAAGCUUCUGGACUGGUAACAGAGAGGGACUGAGAGAUAUGACCGGAAUUGCAAGAUGGAACCGAGAAUGCUGGACUGAGCGCUGGGACUACAAGACUGAAUGA